AUGUCCAAGAUAUCCAAGGAACCACCGAAGAAGAAGAAAGCAGAAAUAGUCAAACAUCAAUUAUUUUCCGAGAAUGAAAGUGACACUGAGAGCGAUGAAAUGGACCCACCCUUGAAUGAUGAGAGUAGCUUCGAGUUAGACGAACAACGUUCUCUAAAUGGCUUCACCAAUAAAUGCGCGAUUGCCCAUGUGAAAAAGAGAAGCUGGUUCACAGUGAACUAUGAAGGAAACCUCUUUUCUGAGCUCGUCAUAAACCGUACAUGGCUUGAUUUAAAAAGCAACAUUAAAAAGAAAGUAUCUGAGACUAAAAAAUAUGAAUCCGGUACAGGAGGAGGUCCCCCAUUAUCAGAACCAGAAGCAUAUGAUGACUACGAAGCCAAAAUAAAAUAA